AUGAAGUCUGCUCUUUGGAUCUCUCUCUUUUUCUCAGCUCUCGUAAGCGCUGAGAAGGUGCGGGCACCUUGCCCAACCAUUACCUCGGUUACAGCAUCUUGCGAUGCUUGUUUCCAUGCCGAAUGUGUGGCCAAGACUACUCUCACGCAAGGAUGCGGUUGCCCUACAGCCGUACCUACGGUGUACACAAGCCGGGGCUGCGAUCAAGGCUGCCCGAAGGGAUGCAAAUGGACGAGCCAUGUCAUUGCCACCCCUACCGCAGGCUCAUGCUAG